GUCCAGGGACUGCAGCUGCGAACUUCGGGAGCGAAGAGCAGCCUUUAGGCGUUGCGGAGACAGAUACUGAAGUGGGGGAAGACAGGUGGAAGAUAGUCUGCUGUGGAGUGACAGAAGUCUUCAUACACCUGAGCAAAAUUUGAAGGCUGAAUGGAGGUUGGCCAGACAGAAAGUGAGCAGGCUCUGAAGACAAGAUCCCCCAAAAGAGAUUCUCUGAGGUGCAGAAGGAGAGAAGAGAACAGGCUCAGCGGACUGUUUUGAUACAUUGCCCAAAUAAUAUCAAUGAGAAAAAGUUUCUCAAGUAUUUAUCCCAGCAUGGACCAAUUAAUAAACAUUUCUUCUAUGAGAGCUUUGGUUUUUAUGCUGUUGUAGAAUUUUGCCAAAAAGACAGUGUAAACUCUUUGCAGAGUGAAGCACAUACUCCAAACAUGAGCAAAGAGUCUGCAAUUCCAUUUAAGUCACGUUUUUUGAACUUAAAGCUGAAGAAUCUAUCUAAUCAGAUACCUGAGCAGUUAUGUGCACAGACAAGCAACCAGUCGCCUCCUUCAAGCAAGAAACUCUUUGAAUUGCUGAAUUAUGCAGAAAGCAUAGACGAUCAGCUGCACACUCUCCUGAAGACCUUCCAGCUCACAGAGGAAAAUGUCCGGCUCCGCCAUCUCACCUGCUCACUCAUUGAGGACAUAGCUGCUGCAUAUUUUCCCGGCUGUGUCAUUCGGCCCUUUGGCUCCUCAGUGAACACAUUUGGCAAAUUAGGAUGUGAUUUGGACAUGUUUUUAGAUUUAGAUGAAAUUGGAAAACCCAGUAUUCACAAGAAUGCAGGGAAUUUUUUGAUGGAAUUUCAAGUGAAAAAUGUUCCUUCAGAAAGGAUUGCAACCCAGAAGAUCCUGUCUGUAAUAGGAGAGUGCCUUGACAACUUUGGCCCUGGCUGCGUGGGUGUUCAGAAAAUACUAAAUGCUCGAUGUCCCCUCGUGAGAUUCUCCCAUCAGGCCUCUGGAUUUCAGUGUGACUUGACUACUAACAAUAGUAUUGCUUUGAAAAGUUCUGAACUCCUUUAUAUAUAUGGCUCCCUGGAUUCAAGAGUCAGAGCCUUGGUGUUCAGUGUGCGAUGCUGGGCUCGAGCACAUUCGUUAACAAGCAGUAUUCCUGGUGCGUGGAUUACAAACUUCUCCCUAACAGUGAUGGUCAUCUUUUUCCUCCAGAGAAGAUCGCCCCCCAUUCUUCCAACUCUGGAUUCCCUAAAAGCCCUAGCAGAUGCUGAAGAUAGAUGUGUCCUAGACGGGAACAAUUGUACGUUUAUCCGGGACUUGUGUAAAAUUAAACCUUCGGGAAACACAGAAACAUUAGAAUUACUACUGAAGGAAUUUUUUGAGUAUUUUGGCAAUUUCGCUUUCAAUAAAAAUUCUAUAAAUAUUCGACAGGGAAGGGAGCAGAACAAGCCCGACUCCUCUCCUUUGCACAUCCAGAACCCUUUUGAGACAUCUCUCAACAUAAGCAAGAAUGUGAGUCAGAGCCAGCUGCAGAAAUUUGUGGAUUUGGCCAGAGACAGUGCCUGGAUCUUAGAACAGGAAGAUAAGGGUCAGCCUUCCCCUUCAAGUAAGCAGCCCUGGGGGCUGGCCGCCCUCCUGCUGCCUCCUGGGACAGCCUACCCAUCUCUCUCCAAGAAGAAGAAAAAGCUAAUGAGUGAAAAAGUCAAAGGCUUGUUAGCAUCCAUAAAAAGUAACAGUACAGACAUUUCCAAAGGCACCCGUGGAAAGAGAACAAUCAAUACACAGGCAUAAUGGCAACUGCUUUGGAUCCCGGGAAGAACUGCCAUGGAACUUUGACAGGCCUUAACUUUUAUCUGAUGCCAUUUGUCACCAUCUCAUUACACUUUUACUUGACCUGAAGUUCUGAAUAUUUCUUUCCAAUCAGGUGAAAUUUUAUUAAAAUAUCAGUGGCAAAGAAUAUGUAAGAGACAUAUUUGAACUCAUUAUCCCCAUGUACAGGUGAUGAAUGCAAUAAAAUUCCAAAAUUUGGUAAUACUCUUUAAUAUCUAUAUUGUGUUUUCAGCCAGAGUUCUCUUAUUAGGUGUUUUGUUUUUUGAUUGCUAUACAAAGUAAUGGGUUUCACAAUGGGCUCCUGUAUAGACCCUUCUUUGUGAGCCUUCCCCACCCUCCCUGAGCACCCUCUCUGGUUUCUAUCUCCCACCAGCCCUGCCCUCCCCUCCCCUCCCCGUACGACCUACCCCCCAAAGGUCCCUCCGUGCUGCGUACAUACAUCCAGAGAGAGGUAAAGUGCAGCUGUGACUUUCCGGGUUGUUGACAGCUUAGCAGCUCCCGACACAGUCACGACAUCCUUGUUCUAAGUCAGAUAUGUAAAUUAUGGAUAUAUUGUGCUUUAAACUAUAUUUUGUUUAGAAAUCUAAUUUUAUUUUUGUUUCCAAAAAUAAAACCAUUUCUACUGAAAUGUGAAUAGUAUUUCUAAUAUUUCUUCACUUCUCUUUUUGAGAUCUCUAUGUAAGAAAUAAAUACAUUUACAGAGACGUAUUGUAUUCUGUGUAGUAGCUUUCCUAGAGAUAUCAAUGGUCUAGAGUUAAAACUUGGCUUCAUGGCAGGUCGCUGUCCUUGGCUGAGGUUGUUACAGCCUCAGAAUGGGAGUAGUAAUAGUGCCCACUGCUCUAGGAUGUGUAGCUGAGGUGUAGGAAAGGUGUUGGUCAACGCCUGACACAGUUAGUGCUACAGGCUGAACCCCCGGCAUCCCAAAUGCAGCAGACAGUUAACCUCUACGUGUGUGCCUAAUGACGAACCUUGGAGGCAGGACCAGGUCCACGCACUGCAUUCAUGUCUCCAUGCUCUGUGGACAUGUAGCCCUGCUGUUAUUUGUUACUGAUGUUAUCUGUGAAAGUGGCUCACGAUUUUCCACCCUGGAGUUUUAGCACUUCAGGGACUUUCUGGUUGUUUGAGAUAAGGGAUGUUCACCCUGUACUUAGCGAUGCUGCUGCUGCUCUCUUGACUUUGGGGACAUUGUCCCAGGCAAACACUUUACAUCAAUGUAAGUCCUAGGCCCUAGCUGCUACUCUUCAGAGUUUAUAGUCUACAGUUAUUCUUCCUGCUACUCAAAAUUCAAACUUGGACCUUGUAGUGGUUUUAAAGUUUUAGAACAGAAUUCUAAUGAACUUGGGAUAUUUGAGGAAAUCUGCAACUGUGGAUUUCUGAAGCGAAUCUGCUCACAGGGUGUGCUCUCGCCACUCAGAGCCGAUGCCAAGCAAGCAGCAGCUUUCUUCUACCGGCGGUACCCAGCAAAGGCUGCUUUCCUUUGUUCUUGGAGUUCUUUGUGUGAGGUAGAGCUUGAUGUUGGUUUGUAAAGCAACUCUGAACGUUUCCAGCUGAAGUGACUUUCUUUCUCUAGCCGCACAUUUUCUUUUGUGUAGAUUUUAAAGUUAUUUAAGCAUAUAAGGUGUAUGUAUGUGAAUAUUCUUUUUUUAAAUUUUUAACCUAUUCUCUUUUACCUUGAUACUGAUAGUCUGUCUUUUCACAUCAAGAUGUAAUUAUGUGAUGAAUUUUAAUGUACAAAUUCUGUUUUGAGACAAGGUUCAUGUAGCUCUGACUGACUGUGAGCUCACUGUGUAGCAGAAAAUGACUUUGAACUCCAGCCUCUGUCUCCCAAGUGCUAGAAUUACAGAUGUGAGUCCUACACCUGGCUAAAACUUUUA